GGGUUCAGAUUUGAUUGUUUUUUGAGCUGUUCAUUUUAGUCGUACCAUAAAUGUCUGUUGUUGCAGCAAUAAAUAUAUUUUAAUCAUCUGCUGGUAUCAUCUCACUUUUUUAAUAAUCUGAUCAAAUAAGUAAAAGGGGAUAGAAACUGUUCUGCAAGAGUCUGACUUAAGUGCACAUGAAGCAAAGUACCAUCUCUGUGUACAGCCCUGGUAUCUCAUACCAUCUAGUUGCUGCAACACUACAUACUGUCCAUGACUUUGUCAACGAUUUGUGAGUGACUUUCAAUGAAUGUUGCAAGGAAGUUGCUAGAGAUAGAGACAUCUCCACAGCCAGAUUUCGAAAGACGAAACUAUCCCUGAAGAUGACGGGCAAAACCACAUAGAAAAAACAAGAGUAGCUGGUUGCAGCAAAUCUCUGCUGGUAGUAAAUAAGACCAUCUAACCAACUAAUGUUGUUCUUCGUCGUGUCUUAUUUUGAGCCAACAGACUUAAAGAGGCUGAUGUUUUAACUUGCAGUUAGGAAUUCGUCCAGGUUUCCCAACACAAAGAUACUGACGGUUCAGCCAGAAAAACAUAAACACCUGGUGAGCUUGAAAUACUCUUCAACAAAAUGAAAACUUCACAGAACUAUUUGAUAUGUCCCAGACAACAGAGCACUCUUUUACCAGAGAACAGGCUUGACUUUACACAAUAGAACAGACUGGUAACAGUAGACUGUAUAAAGAUGCAGUCUUUGCUGGUAACACACAGGCUGCAGGCUCAGGUCUGCAGGAGCCCAGCAGAGGGCGCUCACCUGACACACCUUUGACACUUUUUCUUUUAAUGUUGAUCACUUACUUGAUAAAAUUAGCCUACACAAUCUGUAAACUUUGUUGAAUUUAUUUAUGGACGUGAAGGGAAGUGCUGUGAUUCAUCACUGCAGACAAAGAAGGACUGAACUAACACAUGAAGCUACAGGCCCGAGUUACAAUCUCCUCACGUGUCUGUGUCAAUCAAAACCUGUUCCUGCAGGGCAUGAGGAGAGAGAGAGAGAGAGAGAGAGAGUCUGCAUGCCAAGGUCUGUAAAUUCAUUAUCCAUGUCCAAUGAAGAACAUUCAUGCACAAACCCUCCGUGAAUGAGACCAAAACACAGUUGUUUAUAUCGAAACUGACUAAACAGACUGCACUUACCCUCAUAAGGAACAUUUUAAAGACAUCAAACAGAUCAGUUUGUACUUCUACUUGACUUCUUUUUUUGCAUUCUUUUUUAUUUGCAGCAAUGGCGGUUCUCGGCCACCGUAUUAUUCAGAGACACCAAAUAAAACGCAGUCUGUUUUAUUACUCCCUCACUGGAGCUUUAAAGUUUCAAGCAGCUGCGUUUACAUGUUUUCCGAAAAUCUCUUAAUUUUUAUAUUUUUGUUUGUUUAUUUAUUUAUUCAUUUAUUUAUUUAUUUUUCAAUAAAGAGUCAACGUGAAACAAAUUUAGAGAGAGGCAGAAGGAGAGAGACCUUUUUUUUUUUUAAUAAAAAAUAAAAAAAGAAGGAGAGAGCGAGGGGGGGUUAAAAAUGUAAGGAUAUUCACGUGAUGUCCAAAUAAUCGGAAAUUUAAUUUUUUACUGUAAAAAUUACCAUAGUAUUUCUUCAGAGUUGGAGAAACAGUUUAAAACAUGGCAGACUGUGGUGAUUGUUGGCACUAUGGGCCGAAUUGUCAGUUUCGACGACCAUGUCUUUAUUAUGUUGGCUCAUUAACUCAUGGGACAAAACACUGAACUAACUGCGCGAAGGGGACGAUCCGAUUGGCAGUGAACGCCGCAUGUUACUUUGGCUGGAGCUGCAGUUUGCCGUGAUUUUCGAGUCGACUGAGAGGGUUACUAUGACUGAGGCAGAGUUGUACACCCUGUACAAAGGAAUCUAUUUACCUUCGGCUCUGCAUCCUCCAGAGAGCCUCAGGUUCUAUGAAGACUUCACUUUCCGUCCUGAUGACAUCCUCAUAGCAACAUACCCAAAGUCAGGUGAGUGUGUUCAUGUGUUUGUGUGAUACAUGGAUACGAGGUUGCUGCUGUGCUGUGCAGUUGAUAAACUGCAUUAAGAGGACAAUAUGAGACAAGGAAGACGGUUUUGUGGAGGAUUCUUGCAGACUGGGGUUCAGGAUUUAAAACUAUGUUUUGCAUGUGUGUGAUGUGGACAACAAGACGUUCAGAAUUAAGUGUGCACUCACCCACUCAGGCCCCACAGAGCAGAACAGAGGGUGUGUGUUUGUCCGAGCUUUGGAGUUUCUCCCUCUUCACCAAAGAAAAAGAGUUAGAGUAGCCUACACUAAAUAGCCUAAAAGAACUACAUGUGGUAUAAACUGGCACGCCUGAAACAGCCAGAGGAGCUAUUAAAGAAAUUAUGUGGAGAAAAGGUUGAAGAGAUUGAAGUCUUAGUUCAGUUAGGUAUCAGUAGUAGUUACACACUGUUGCUGUUUAAGGGGGAAAAUAAAAAAGGGGGACUUACACCAUGAUCUGUUUUUUUCCAGCAUUUUGUAGCUCUGCACUUUUCUGUCUCUCCUUGGUGUUUGAUAGGACAGUUGCAUACUAGAACCAGUUCCAGCCUGCCAAAUAUAAGGGUGGGCUGGUGAAAGUUUAGUUGUGAAACUCUGCAUCGCUGAAAAGGUUUGUUGAAACACUGUAAGGCCCAAGGAAAAGGAGGAGGGCAUCCUGAUUGAACAAUUGGUGAGGCAUUCAGAUGACACAUUAUCCAUGUUCGUAUGAGAGAUGAUACGAGUUGAUAUUCUGAAAAAGGUUUACAGAGGGUGUUUUUCAUGUUUCAAUGUUUAGAGGGCAACCAGAGGGCAUGUUUACAUGACUGUAUCCAGGGGAGAAAAACAGAUGUUAUUUAGCAAUCAUUUUUUGACUGGAAGUGCAUCCAGAGGGACAUAUUUAACAUUUUUUGUACUAGAAGAUGUUCAGAGAGUGUCACAUUUUAGAAGUUUAAUCAAAAAAAGGAAAGGACUCAAAUGCAGGACAACAAAAAGGAUUUAUCCAAAAAGAACUAAAAGAAAAGUAACAAAGACUUACUUUAAAUGUCCAACUCAAAAAUCCAAGAAACACAAAUGACAAAAUCCAAAGAACCGAAAACCACAGGGAGAUACUAGAGACAACAAACACACACAUUCACAAUGACCCAACAAAGAAACAGGGGAAGACAAGGACUUUAAAUACACAGGGAAACGAGAUACGAGAGGCAGGUGAGACAUUAAGACACAGGUGCAGACAAUCACAGAGGAGGGAAAGCUGAGGUAGUAAAACAAGACUAGAAACACAAGGAAUGAACUUCUACAAAAUAAAACAGGAAACACUGAUCACUGAUGAUGAAUAAAACACUGAGAACAUGAGGGAACUGGGAUCAGACACAAACUGAAAACUCACAAGACAGGACUAAAGCAGAACAGGAACAAUAGGGAACAGAAACAUUAGGGAAAAUCACAAAGAAAAUGCACUCAAAAGACCAAAACCAGGGGAAAACUAAAUACCAGAACAUGUAUCAUGACAGAGAGUAAUUUUUACACUGAGUCUGCUGUGCUGGUAUCCACAGAGCACUCUUUUACAUUUUCACAUUACAGGAAAAGCAUCCAGAGGGUAAUAAUGUUGAUUUUACUAGUACUGGAAGGGCAUUCAGAGGACACUUUUUAACUACAAACCUUCCAGAGGGCCUUUAUUUUAUUUUUAUUUACUGGAGGGGCAUCCAGAUACUUUUUACAUGCAUCCACCAAAAACAACAUUCAGAUAAGACUUUUGUUACCUCAUAGGCUAUACCACUAGACAGGCAUUCACGGGAGCUUUUUUGUUUCACUCUCUAGGAGAGCAAAUUUGAGAGGAAUAAUCAUGCAUCUUCUAUGAGAAAAUUACCAGGAAUUUAAUUAUAAUUAAGAAAUUUCAUAAUGUUUAGCUUACUACAGGAGCAUCUAAGAAGGCGCUCUGAUACAUCUUGAUACAUAUAUUUUUUUAUGAGAUUCACACUGCAACAUUGAUCAUUGGCCAAAAAAAAAAAAACUUGGUCUGUUUUGAGGUGGUUUGUUAAGUAAGUCCCUGUACUGAAAGUUAUGUUUCAGCAGCCUAUAGAUAAUGGAAUGUGCAUGUCCUCUGGUCCAUGUGAGGAUCUUGGAUCUGAAUUACCUUUAGUUUUUAUGUACUCCGAUUCUGCAGAAGGAGUAAAAUACAGGAGAAAACAAAAUGUAAGGUAUCAUGUUGUGGAAAUUAUUGAUGAUAAAUAAACAAACUGGAAUCAGAGUUAACCCUUUAAUGCUUUUUGUAUCAUAUUUGAUACAUACUUUUAUAUACUUCUAUUAAAUCAAUAUGAUCAACAAAUUACAAAAAAAACAACAACUGAAUACAGUCCGAUAAAUGAUAAAAAUGUCCUCUUGUGGUUUAUCAGUUUCCAAAAACAUCCAAUGUAUCAUACGAGAUAAAAAAAUAUAUUUGUUAAAUCUUAAGGACAUUUUGAUUUAUUUGGUUUUCAGUAGUAAGUGAAAUAAACAUUUCAGCUCCAAAAAAAUUGAAUUUUUCUGGCCAGUUUAUGAAGUAAAUAUUUAGCAAAAACAGAGACAGCACUGUUGCUAGAGAGUCAGAGUGAACAGCACACAUACAGAGUCUGAACAGUCUGACACAGAAUGAAGAUAAAACACCAGAUUUAUGACCUAACUACUUCUGUAGAAGAAGAUGGUGUGUGCAACAGCUUGAUGGUUGAGCUCACUCCUGUCCGGUCCGUUCACUUCCCAUCCUGUUGAACUGCAGGUGAAAAUACCACAGUCAUAAAGUUCACUGAGUCAAGGUACAUGAUGGCACAAGCAUAACACGUCUUCAUAACAGCAUAUUUCAUCUCAAUACAGAAGAAAUUCCCACUUCACCACUGCACUCAUUGGCAGAGGCUGCUGUGCAAAAAGCUGGUCUGCACAUUAGGACUCAUAAUCAGACGUAUCCGUCCACCCAGGGGCAGUUUGAUGUGUUGCCUGAGGACACAUCGAUAUGUAGCCUGAGAUUAAAUCAGGACAACUUUACCACCCUCUGAGUCACUGCCACCUGUCACCUCUGAUAACCAGUUUUGACAAACUAUUCUAGUUUCAAGGCAGAUGGAGGAUGUGAGUUGUGACAAUACUGCUACUCUUUGUCUUUUACUUAUAUAGCACUGAUAUUUACGGUGGCAGAGAACUGCCACUGUUGCAAAUAAAAAAGGAUGCAAAAAAAAGAAGCCACAACGGAAGUUACCAGUGCAAAAAAAAAAGAAACCGAAGCCCGCUGCAAGUAAAAAAAGAAAGGGUGACGAUAUAAAAAAAGCCACAACAGAAGUUAACGCAAAAAAAAAAAGUUUCUUACUGCAAAAAUAAAAGGAUGCUGUUUGCAGCAGGCUUUGGUUUCUUUUCUUUUUUUUGCAUCGUUAACUUUCGUUGUGACUUCUUUUUUGCAUUCUUUUUUUUUAUUUGCAGCAGUGGCAGUUCUUGGCCACCGUAGCUAUUGUAUUGAUGUAUGUAUUGUCAGACUUCAUGCUACUGGUCUGCAGCCCAUGGGAUACAGAGGUCAGCUCAACAAGUUAAAAUUUCCUGAGAAAGUCCUUUUUUUUCCUGUAAUUUAAUUCAAAAAGUCAAACUUCAAAUAUUUCCAGAUUUUUUUUGUUUGAAUCUCGAAGAUCAGCUCGCAAAAAUCAAAAAGCCUCUAUCUCUAAGUCAGUUAUUUCAGUCUUGAAAGGUGAGGAAGGAAAUGGGGGCCAGGCAGCAGGGAUGAGCACAAGAUUGACAAACAAAGCAGAUUCAAUAACUUAGAGGACCUUCACAAAGACUGGACUGAGACUGGAGUCAGAACAUCAAGAGCCUCUACACACAGACAAGUCCAAGAGGUGGACAACAGGUGUUCUGUUCCCUCUGUAAAGCCCUAAGAGUCUCACCUGGACUGAGAAGAAAGCCAGUCAGUAAGGUUAGUAAGCACCCAUUCAUGCAGUUUCAAUAGAGCAGAGAAACACCUCCCAUAAUUGAAUAAAUGAGGCCUUGGUGUCAUAUUCACUUCCUCGAGGAACAGCAGCUGUCGUUCUUUAACUGCAGCAUCAAUCAACAUACUAAAUCUGUGCAAGGAUCCCCCUGACAUCACGUAUGUGUGUGUGCCAGGACAAUAUAUUCUCUUAUCACAGCAUCACGUGCAAGACAGCAUGACAAGGUUAUGAACAAUGAGACAAUUACUCAGUCAGCUCCUCUGGAUGAAUAGAUAGAUACUGUACAGUAGGCUUGUUGUUCCCCUUCGCUUGUUUCUAUCCACCCAACAAGAGUGAAACUCUGCAGCAGCUGUAUGAAGUUAAAGGGAUAUUCCGUCGUAAAUUUAAGUUAGGGUCAGUUAAACACACCUUAACACAGAGUAAGACACCCCCUCAAGAGAUGAAUGUUGCUGACUGCUUGCUUCUCUAGUUAUGCCAACUUUAGUAACGACCGCACGAUAGCAAUACACAGCGGUCUGAGGGGCCAUAAACAAACCUCAACCAAAAACGCCACUCUAUAGCCACAAAUAAUGCUCAGAACAGCACCUGACUUCAUCAACAGGACAUACAAGGUCCUAGCCAUAGUACUAGCCACCAAACAUAUUUUUAACUUUGCCUGAUUUCUUUAGAAAAGAGACUAAACACAAUUCACCUCCUCACUUCCAGCAGCCGCUUGUUUGCCACGAGACCUCAGGCCAGUCCAUUAUGGACUGGCAUGGUACAGUGGGGUGACGCAGCUCAAGGAAGAACAUUUCUGAUCAUUUCUUCAUGGAAAUGCAAUCCGACCGAGAUGCUAAGGCAGAAGAACUACUGCAUCUGUGGGAGCAUUCAAACUAAAUCAUUUCAGGUGUAAUCCAGCUGUUAUACAAGUAAAAGUGUUAAGAGAGCAAUCCACUCCAGAUUUUGAGACUGUACCACAACCUUUGUACUAAUUUCGGAUUAAUUAAAUUACUUCGCAGACAGAAACUGUUUUAAAUAAAAGGAAUGACUCAAAUGUUUUGACUCUGGUUGGACUACAACUAUAAGGUAUUUUAGUCUCUGUUCUGCCAAAGUCUGUAGCAGAGAGAGAGUACACCGCCCCUCUGUUUCAUGUGCAUACAUGAAAAGCCAAAGCAGGGAGAGCAGCAGCAGCCAACACCCUCCCACUGACCAGGUAAACCUGAGCUUCCAUAAAAGCACCAGCAGGGGAGGGAGAGCGGCAGCAAAACAGCUGUUGGGAAAUUCCUCUGGCUUCCUUGUGAUUUCAAAAAAUGCCAGCAGGGGGAGGAAGAUAUGCAAUUGAAUGGGAAACGAUCAUGAAAUAAUGAACACAGAAACUUUAGUCUUGCACACUGCAAAUUAUUUGGUUCUUACCAAGACUAAAAAAAACUUAGAUCUAAAAGUGUUAUUUAAUUUCUCUUGUUUUAAGACUUAAUUUCUUAUUUUAAGUGUUUAACUUUACACUAUAAUGUUAUAUCAAGCACAACCUUAUCUUUUUUUGUCUCAAAUAGGCACGAAAUCUUAAAAUGAGAAAAUUAACUGUUAAAAUAAGUUAUAUUCCAUCUUUCUCCCCAAGUCUCAUCUAAACGAAUAUUGUUUUAAGAUUAAGUAAGCCUUGUUUCGAGAUAAGCCUGCUUGGAUUGAGACAGAGCUUAGUCUUUCUUCACUAAUACUGGAUACUUUUUCUCUAAAUUUUUAGUUUUUGUUUAACUAAUCUGCAGCUUCGUUUGCUAAAAGUAAGAAAACCAAAUAUGUAGUUGCUUAUAAUAAGUAUGUUUCACUUAUUUUGAGGCUAUAAAAAAAGUUUACUUAUUAAGUUAUCUCAUCUUAAAACCAGCAUUUUUUCCUAACCAUAUACCUAUAUUUAGUGCAUUUCACUUAUUUUAGGGCUGUAAAACUUAAAUGUGAGCUAAUCUGAUUUUAAAACCAGCAUUUUACACUUAUUUUAUGCUUACAUUAAGUAUAUUUAACUUAUUUUGGGGCUGUAAAAGUUCAAUUUUAAGUAAUCUGAUCUAAAAAAAAAACAGCAUUUUUAGCUUACUUUAAGCCUUCCAAAUACAUUUGAAGACAUGCUUAUUUCUAGAUUUAACAGUUUAAUUCAAGAAAUCUUGUCAAGGGAAAUUAUCUUGCUGCACGGACAAAUAAUUUCACUUGUUUUUAGUACCUUUUCCCUCUGAUUUAGCAUUUUUAUCUUGUUUUUAGACCCCCCUGUUUUGCAGUGCAGCUUCUAUGUGAAAUGUCACUUAAUUAUUUGUUAUCAGAUAUCCUUUAUAUUAGAUGCUCUCCAAACAGCUUGGUCCAUGCAUGACCUCAGAGACAGAUGCUGAUUGGCUGUGUCAAAGUUAUGUUAAUGAGUGAGGUCCUUCGUGUUGUUUUUGGUUACUCACAUGAAGCCUCAUCUGAAUCAAUCAACAAGUCUGAUGGUUUGUUGAACAUGCUAGCUCCACAGCCCAUCAGAGUUGUACUGUAAGAAAACAAAGAGUGUGUUGUGUUCAGGGUGAUGAGAGGACAACGAGACUGGGCCAGGGUCCCAGUCAGGGUGAGAAAAAUGACAUCCCUCACAAAGGGAUGACAGAGGAGGGCGGUUUGAGACCUUGAACCCCUGAAAUAAAACCCACUUUCUUUGCCACAUGAUAACAGUGUCUUACUUGCUUUGUCAGCGAUAAAAAUCAAAAUAAAUCUGGAAAUGAUGUGCACGAACUAAACCACUCAUUCCAGCUCUCGUUUCCUUUGUGUAGGCACCACCUGGAUGCAGGAGAUAGUCCCUCUGAUCAUGAGUGGAGGAGAUCCAGCCUCUGUGGAGACUCUUCCUAACUGGGACCGAGUUCCCUGGCUGGAAGAGAAUCGUGCCUACACCCUGAACCUUGACCAGAGGCCGUCUCCUCGCACGUUUUCUACACAUUACAAAUACGAUAUGCUGCCACGGUCUUUCUUUGAAACAAAGCCAAAGGUAAGUCCGCCCCACAGUCCGUCUGAACUGACUCUGAAGUGAAACAUAAAAAACACUGAGGUUCAAAAACCUGAUGUUUGUACACUAUGUGAAAUAGAUGAUGGCUCGUAAGGUAACUGGGUUUAUUCGUAAAGUUGAAGAAGUAAUGCGUUGUUUCGCUUUUGUCUCGUCUUUUCUCAGUUUGACUGAUUUUAUUGUUGUAUAUGUAUAAGUUUUCUUUCAGUAUUGCAGUGAUAUUGUGAUAUUUUAUCGCCAUGGUAACUGUAAGUUAAAUUCUGAAAUCAUGACCGCCAUACCCUGAAGAAAAGUUCUUCUAACUAUCAAAUCAUUUGCUGACUUAAAGGGAUAUUCCGGUGUAAAAUUAAUUUAGGGUCAAACACACCAUCACAACUCACACAUGACUAGGAAAGACUCACAACUCACCUAAUCUCUUCCAGCAGCCAUUUGUUUGUAGCAAAACCUCAGGCAAGUCCAUCACGGAUUGCUGUGGGGUGACACAGCUCAAGGAAGAACAUUUAUGAUCAUUUCUUCAUCAUUUCCUUGAAGUAAUAAUCACCAUAAUAAUUUUGCACAGCGAACGUGGUAGUUCUUAUGCCUUAGCGUCUCGGUCUGAUUGCAUAUCCAUGAAGAAAUUACCAUAAAUGUUCUUCCUUGAACUGCAUGACCCCGCUACAGUCUGUGAUGGGCUGGCUUGAGGUCUCGCUACAAACAAGCGGCUGCUGGAAGAGAGUGGAUGAGUUGUGUUUAGUCUCUUUGCUAAAGAAAUUAGGCAAAGUUAAAAAGAUGUUUGGAGGCUACUACUGCGGCUAGGCCCCUGUAUUUACAGGUAUGUAUCCCUUUAAUGUCGCACAUUUAGAUAGGAUGUAUUGUGAACCCUGCAGAAUGUGUGAGACAGAGAAUGUUGAGUGGACUGGGGUUUGAUGCAUAUUUGUCGUUAUUUUAGGUCAUCUAUGUCAUGAGGAACCCUAAAGAUGUCUUCACCUCUGCCUUUCACUAUUUUGGGACAACAUCUUUCCUGGUAAAGCCAGGUCCACAGAGCGAGUUCCUCCACAAGUUCCUGGAUGGACAAGGUAGCUCUACCACAUAUAGGAUUUAUAUGCAACAAAACACAUCAAAGUUGUUGGUUGGUGCCCCAUUUUAACUGUAAUUUAUCCUUUCUUUCAUAAGUUAGAAAGAAUAAUCCAGCCUUUUUCAGCCUUUUUUGGCCAUAUUUUCAUGUUUUUGGAUCAUAAUAAUGCUUUAAGGUUGAAACGCUCAAACUCUAGAAGACAAAAAAGAGAAACACUAGAAAAGAGCGCUCAUGAUGGAAAUGCCAUUCAUAAUGCUUCUUUCCUAGUCAUGUUCGGUUCAUGGUUCGAUCAUGUGAAGAGCUGGCUGAAUGCUGAGGAGAAAGACCGCAUCAUGUACAUCUCCUACGAGGAGCUGUUUAUGGUGAGAUUUAUCUAUAACCCUCCUGCACAGACGUGAUCUCACCAGAAUACUCAGGCAGUACCAUGUGCUAAACUCUGCAGGAAGAUGAAACAAUGAGCCCCUCUCUGUGCUGCAGGACCUGAAGGACUCUGUGGCCAGGAUCGCGAAGUUCUUGGAGAAACCUCUGGAGGCUGAGGCGGUGGAGAAGAUCGCGGAUCGAUGUUUGUUCAAGAACAUGAAGCAGAACAACAUGUCAAACUACUCUUUGGUUCCUGCCGAAUACAUGGACCAGACCAAGUCAGAGUUUCUCCGCAAAGGUCAGUUUGAGUCUGUUCAAGCAGAAGGCGUUUGGCUGUUUAUAGUUUUUGAACAUCUAUUUGUAUGUAUCUAUUGUAUGUCUGUGAUUGUAGAAGAAUGGCACGAUUCCCUCCCAGUAAAAUUUAAGGUUGAAAAGAUAGUGCCCUUUAGAUGCCUUUUCAAUGCCGUAAGAGUGAUCAGGUGCCCUUUUGGUCGUUUUACCUCAUUCAUAUAAGGAUGCUUGCAUUUUAAAACAUGAUCUAUUACGUCAUCCAUCAUUCAUUUGUGUUUCAGGAAUCGCGGGCGACUGGAAAAACCAGCUGACAGAAGCCGAGGCAGAACGCUUUGACGCUGUUUACAAAGAGAAAAUGAAGGAUGUCACUUACAAAUUUGUCUGGGACUAAAACAAACAACCUGUUUGAAUUUAUGAUUUUAUUGUCUGUACGUCAUGACCACAUACACUAAAACAUGUAUAAUGUUUAAUGAUCUUUUCUGCUUCUUAGUAAGACUUUAUCGGUCUAUUUUUAACCUUACUACCUUUUUGUGUGUAAACAUACAUAAUAUUAAUUAACUGUGAAUAAAUACUAAACCUUUUUAUUAAGAA